AAAUUGUGCAACACUGAAUAAACAGAACGCCAUCUCUGAGAGAUCACAGAAACUGCAAAUUCAAAUAACAUAACCACACAUUAAUGUAAUAAUUUAAGAAUUUAUACUUUUAAUUUUUAAAACCCACAAUGCUAUUAAUAAAGCAAUUGUUCCACCUUUCACCACCAUCACCACUACUUCAGUCAGUUCGCUUUCGUUCCAAAAUAAACAUUCAAAAACCUCAACUCCCACAUCAUGUGAAGGCUACCUUUUUAGAACUUACCAAGCCGAUGUUUCCACGAAAAGUAAAAACUCCGAUAGAGUUUUGCAAUAAGGGCAAUAUUUACGCGAAGGAUGGCGAGAAUCCAUAUCAGGAAAUAAUUGCAGGCGAAGUGUUUAGAUGGUUCCAAAGCUCGCGAUUAGUAGCGUUUUACCACAUGAAUCCGAUGAGCAGUGACCAAAAGUUCAAAGCUUUUGCGUCAUUUAAGAAAGAGAAAAUGCAUUUUCAAAAUUUUGGGCGGCGUACAAUGGAAUUGGCAGUAAAGGGAACGGCAUAUGAAGCAGCUUUAUCAUUGUACGUGUCACGCAACUUCAUAGUUUUCAGUCCAGAACCUGAAAUUAAAAAGUUGCUGAAGAUAUCGAAGAAAUUUCCAGAAAUUAUACUGAUGGCUGGAAUCUACGAGGGGAAGUUUUUAAGCAAAGAUGAACUUGUAAGUUACAGCGCGAUACCAAACAUUCAGACUGCACAAGCUGACCUGGUACGAACACUGGAUAGUUUAGGAGGGCAAUUAGUACAGAAUUUAAACAUACACCAAAAUACCUUAAUGCAUAAUUUAGAUGAACGAAUUAAACAAUUAGGCAGUUCUUAGUUACAUGUUUUUAUUCAAUAAAUGUACAGUUGUGAGUCCUUUGCUCUCCUUAUCCUAAAGCUAACCUAAAUUUUCCCUAGUAAUUAAAGGUAAAAUAAAAUGACGAAUGAGAAGUGGAAUCUGCAGUGCAUGUUAACAAUAGAUUGCAAUCAGGGUGCUAUUAGAUCUGUUCGAUUUAAUGUCGAUGGUUCCUAUUGUAUGACUUGUGGUUCAGACAGAAAAAUAAAACUGUGGAAUCCAUACCGAAACUUAGUAUUGAAGACCUACUACGGGCAUGGAAACGAAGUACUCGAUUGUGCCUCAUCCUGCGACAGCAGUCGAAUCGUGUCCUGCUCAUCGGACAAAUCAGUCAUUUUAUGGGAUGUAUCAACCGGACAACCUCUUCGUAGGUUACGCGGGCAUGCCAGCACAGUAAACUGUGUUACCUUCAACGAAGAGUCCAGCGUUGCGAUCUCCGGAGGUUUAGAUAAUGCGGUUAUGUGUUGGGAUGUGAAUUCCCGACGAAACGAACCGAUUCAGGUUUUAAACGAGGCCAAGGAUUGCAUAACGUCCAUUUGCGUUUCUGAUACCGAAAUUUUGACUGGAUCUGUUGACUGCUCUAUCAGACGGUAUGAUUUACGAAAUGGUGCAUGUCACGUUGACUUUGUAGGAGCACCAAUUACAUCUGUAAGUUUCUCACGUGAUGGCCAAUGUAUACUAGCCAGUUCAUCGGAUAAUACAAUACGAUUACUAGACAAAAACACUGGAGAACUACUCGGAGAAUAUGUUGGACAUCGUACUAACGAAAUGACCAUUCAAAGCGCCAUUAGCUAUACUGACAAUCAUGUUUUGUCUGGAUCCGCCACUGGGGAAUUGUUUUGCUGGAAUCUUGUAAGUGGGAAUAUUGAACGAAAGUUAUUACAUACAUCGGGAAAAGUACUAAACUCAUUAUGUGUUCAUCCAAAGAAGGAUGUCGUGUUAACUGCGUGUGUAAACACCAUUAAGUUGUGGGAUAAGGCGGAAAAUAUAAAAAAGGAUGAAGCUCUUUCCACAUAAUCGUUUAGGCAUUUUUUGUACAUAUUUGUAUUGUAGUAGGUACUAUACGCUAUGUUUCAUAUCGCCAAGGUAUUUUUUAUUUUCAUACAUUUCAUUUUUGAUAUUUCAGACAAUAUUCUCUCAUUAAAGCAAUUCUGAUCUUCCAUA